CAAUCCUUCCCCCCUCUCGCUCCGCGCGCACGCUGUCGUCCGGGGGCGGAAUCCGUCCCUCGUGUAAUAAGAGGGCAGUCGUCGUCGUCGUCGUCUUCUGCCCCGGCCAUGGCCGAUGCAAUGCACGCAUGCAACCUCGUCGAUCGGCCGUGAGCCCGUGAGCCGUUGCUGUCUGCAUCUCACCUGGUGUUGUUCAGGUACCAUUCAUCAUUCCGUCCAGAUCUGCCGCCGCCAUUAUUGGCGAGUCGGUCGGAGGACGGAGGAGGGGGAGAAAUUAAAGCCAGCAUGGGGCGAGGAGGUCGCGGCGGAGCUCAAUGCUCUCCCUGAAGGCUCAAGCUGAGGGCGCCCAUCCCUGUUCCCGGCCGGCCCCUUCCAGAUGGAUCCCCGGCGCGAGGAGCUGCUGCAUGAGCUAGGGGGCAUGUGGGACGAGAUCGGGGAAGCGGAGGAGGACCGGCGGGGGAUGCUGCAGGCGCUGGAGGAGGAGUGCCUCAACGUGUACCGCGCCAAGCUGGAGAAGGUCCGCCAGCACCGGGCGCAGCUCAAGCGGGAGAUCGCCGACUCCGUCGCCGAGGUCGCCGCCAUCUGCGCCACCAUCGGCGAGCCGCCCUCCACCGUGCACACGGCCUGCUCCUCGCUCCAGGGCACAGGGAGCCUGAAGGAGGAGCUGGGCCUGAUCGCGCCGGAGCUGGCGGAGAUGAGGCGGCGGAGGGACGAGAGGCGGCGCCAGUUCGCGGACGUCGCCCAGCGGGUCAACAAGAUCCAGCAGGAGAUGGACCUGCAGCUAGGCGGCGGCGGAGGCCAGGGCCAGCCUCAUGCUCAUGUCGCCGUCGACGGCUCCGACCUGACGACGACCAAGCUCGACGAGCUCAGAGCCUAUCUGCGGCGCCUGCAGCAGGAAAAGGAAAGUCGCACCAAGAAGGUGGCGGAGCUCAUGGCUACGCUGCACUCGUCGUCCUUGGUUCUCGGCAUGGAUCCCAGAGAGACGAACAGCGUCGUCCAUGGCGGCGUGCAGACGCAGGCCAGCGGUAUCAGCGACAGCGCCAUCUCGGGGCUGGCUGGGGGCAUCGAGAGGCUGAGAGAGAUCAAACGGAGUCGAAUGGAGAAGCUGCAAGACCUGCUGGGCAGCAUGCUGGAGCUGUGGAACCUGAUGGACACGCCGGCGGAGGAGCAGCGGCGGUUCCAGGGAGUGGCCUGCAACAUCGCCGCGUCCGAGGACGAGAUCACGGAGCCCGGCGCGCUGUCCAUGGCCUUCAUACGCAACGUGGAGGCGGAGGUGAUGAGGCUGGAGAACCUCAAGGAGUGCCGGAUGAGAGAACUCGUCGUGAAGAAGCACGAGGAGCUCAAGGAGAUCCGCCGCCGCGCGCGUCUGCCCGAGGACGACACUACCGUCAUGGUGUUCGACGCCAUGGACAGCGAUGCUGAGCGUGCUAUGAUCCUGGAGCGGCUGGAAUUGCAGAUCUCCAAGGCCAAGGACCUGGAGUUCAGCCGGAAGGACGUGCUGGAGAAGAUGGACAGGUGGCAGGCGGCGCUGGAGGAGGAGUCCUGGCUCGAGGAGUACAGCAGAAACGAGAACAGAUACAACACCGGCAAAGGGACGCACCUCGUGCUCAAGCGCGCGGAGAAAGCCCGCUCCCUUGUCUGCAAAAUGCCGGCAAUGGCGGAAGCUCUGGUGGCGAAGGUUGUUGCUUGGGAGAAGGAGAGAGGCGCCAGGAGGUGCUGCUGGACCUGCUGGAGGACUACGGCAACGCGAGGAAGGAGAAGGAGCAGGAACGGAAGCGGCAGCGGGACCAGCGGCGGCUGGUGCAGGGCGCGGCGGCGGCGGACCGGGACGUGUCGUCGCCGGUGGCCCGCCCGCCGCCCAAGGCCAUCAAGAACGUCACGAGGUCUCUGUCCAUAGGGCGCAACGCCGCCGCCGCCGCCGCCGCCGGUGGCGGUGGCAGCCCCAGGAAGGCGGCGCCGGCGUCGUCCAGGCCCGGCACGCCCAGCUUCCUCAAGUCGCCCUUGUCGGCGCGCCGGGGCGGGGGCGACGAGGGGGCGCAGAUGCUGUCGCCGGACUCCUUCGAGUGACCUCUUCUGCUUGCAGUUGCAGUCAGCAUUCAGCACGCUGGAAUGGACAGGGAUAUCGUCGAUCUGCAACGCCCAAAUUCUGGAUGGAUCCUCCGUUGAACUGAAACCUUUUGCUGUAAAAAAGUUCUCCGAGGGUUGGAGUGCAUGCAGAGCGAAUGCUUUCGAAUGGCAAAAAAAUUGGAAAUCGUACGGAUUUCAUUUUUAAAAUGAACAGAACCAAGUUUGAAACACAAGUUCGGUCCGAAUAAAAACUAAACAAAAAUCAAACAGACACCAAAAGACAACCAGCUGUAAACUCCAAUUUUAUAAGGAAGGAAGCACGGGCGUAGUCCAGGCCGAAAAAC